GUAGAAUAUCAACACGGUCAACACUCGGCUCUUCUCUUCUGUGUUCUGUCCAAAUCCUAAGCUCUACUAUCCCUUUUCGGACAACCUCUUCUUGUUUCUCCCAAGGUGCAUGUGCCUAUUAUUGAGUUGGUAGAACCAAACACUAACAUGGCGCAUUUGCUAUCAACUUCAUGCUCUUUGAAGAUCUCCUCUGGCCACAAAUCCUAUCAUCAACCACUGAACCGAGUCCAAAUAGCACUUCCUACCUCUUUUACUUUUCAAACUUCCAAAUCUGCCUUCAAAAGGCUUGUUUUUCAAGGAGACAGCAGGGGAAAAUGUUGUAAGGUUCAAGCAAAUGCUGUGUCAGCAAGUCAAGAAGUCUCAGCUCAAUCCAAUUCUGGGACUCAUCAGUCCUCAAAUAAACCAUCCAAGCAUCAACGAGUUAUGGUCAUUGGUGGAGAUGGCUACUGUGGUUGGGCCACUGCUCUCCACUUGUCUAAGAAAGAUUAUGAUGUUGCGAUUGUUGACAACCUUGUUCGCCGUCUCUUUGACCACCAACUUGGUCUUGACUCCUUGACACCCAUUUCCUCCAUCCACAACCGCAUCCGUUACACCGUCAAGUCAUUUGAACCUGAUGCUGUCGUACAUUUUGGGGAACAGCGUUCUGCCCCUUAUUCGAUGAUUGAUCGAUCAAGAGCUGUGUUCACUCGGCAGAAUAAUGUGAUUGGAACACUGAAUGUUCUCUUUGCAAUAAAGGAAUUCAGAGAGCAAUGCCAUCUAGUGAAGCUGGGAACAAUGGGAGAGUAUGGAACUCCAAACAUAGAUAUUGAGGAGGGUUAUAUUACAAUUACUCAUAAUGGAAGGACAGAUACCUUGCCUUAUCCAAAGCAAGCAAGCUCUUUCUAUCAUCUCAGUAAGGUUCAUGAUUCACAUAAUAUAGCAUUCACUUGCAAGGCUUGGGGAAUCAGAGCCACUGACCUCAAUCAAGGAUUGGUUUAUGGAGUGAGGACUGAAGAGACUUCGAUGCAUGAAGAGCUCUGCAACAGAUUUGAUUAUGAUGGAGUAUUUGGAACAGCAUUGAAUCGGUUUUGUGUUCAGGCUGCUGUUGGUCAUCCACUUACUGUUUAUGGAAAAGGAGGCCAGACGAGGGGUUACCUUGACAUAAGAGACACAGUUCAGUGUGUUGAACUUGCCGUAGCAAAUCCACCACAACCUGGUGAAUUUCGGAUCUUCAAUCAAUUCACUGAGCAGUUUUCUGUAAAUCAACUUGCAGCUCUAGUUACAAAAGCAGGAGAAAAGCUUGGUCUUGACGUUAGAACCAAAUCCGUGCCCAACCCAAGAGUGGAGGCAGAGGAACAUCAUUACAAUGCAAAGCAUACUAAACUCAUUGAGUUGGGACUCCAGCCACAUCUUCUCUCAGACUCGCUUCUUGACUCAUUACUCAACUUUGCCAUCAAGUUCAAGGACCGUGUAGACGAGAAACAAAUCAUGCCCAAUGUUUCCUGGAGAAAAAUUGGAGUGAAACCGAAGACAGUGAAAGCCUGAUCAAGUGUUCUACAGCGGUAGAUGCCUCACUCAAGUUGAUGCAUCUCAUAAGUAACUUUCUUCUCUUGCAGAUGCUCCUGCAUCGGUUUUGAAUCAGUGAUCCGGCGUUUUAAUCUAAAACUCGGUAAUCAGGUGCCCACGAGAGAUAAUAUCACUAGAGUUCUCGAAUGCAGGACUGUUAUGUUUUUUUUUUUUUUUUUGGAAUAAAAUGUGAAUGAUUUU